AGGUUAUUCUGUUAAAACCAAAGACUUAAAAAAAUGGCAAAAAUAUUGAAAUUUUUUCAAACUAUAAGAAAUAAUUGGAAGAAAUCCCUCGUGGGAACUGCAGCCUUAUCAUAUGGAAUUUCAUACAGUAAGGAUGCAUACGAAACUGAACAGUUGAUGCGACAAUUUUGUGAAAGUGCAUCACAGUAUGGUGAUGCCCCAUGUCCAACAAAUAAAAAACAUCGUCAUGUAACUAUUAUUUUAAAUCCAAAUGCUAAAAAAGGGAAAGCAAAAAAAUUGUUUACAAAUUAUUGCGAGCCAUUAUUGCAUUUAGCUGGAAUAGCUGUGUCUGUGAUACAAACUGAAUCUGAUAAUGAGGCACGAAGAAUUGUAAUGAAUUUAGAAACACAUACCGAUGCCAUUAUAGUGGCAGGAGGAGAUGGUACAUUGUCUGAUGUUUUAACAGGAUUAGUAAGAAAAUAUAAUUCCAAUAUUAAUUCAGUUAAACAGUGUCCUAUUGGUAUUUUACCAUUGGGAGAAACAAACAGAAUCGCAAAAUCCUUGUAUCAUGAGUAUGAUAAUUUGUCUGAUGUAAGGCAGUUAAUAGAAGCAACAAUGGCAAUUAUUGAUGAGAAAUCUAAAAUGAUGGAUAUGAUCGAGGUUAAACCUAUUGAAGAAAAUUCUGAAGAACCAGUAAAACCAAUUUAUGCUAUGGGAACAAUUGAGUGGGGUGCAUGGAAAGAUGCACAUGUUUUUGCUAAAAAAUAUUGGUACUGGGGACCUUUAAAGAAAUAUGCAACUUAUGUAUUUAAUGGGUGGAAAGGAAAUUUGAACUGGAAUUGUGAUGUAACAAUGAAAUAUACAGAUCCUUGCGAAGGUUGUUCUAAUUGUUAUCAAAGAAAUACUUCAUUAAAUGAAUUUUCUAAUACAAACAAAAGGUGGUGGCAUGCCUUUGUUCCAAGAAAAAGUGCUACUACAAAGUAUGUUGAUUACAGUAAUAUAAUAAAUGAAAACUGUGGCAAUCUUCAUGAAUUAUCUAUAUCGACAAAUGAAUUGCAUAUAGAAACAUCUAAUAUAGAUAAAUUGCAAUCUUUUUCUUCACCAUCGUCUUUAAAAGUGAAAAAAGGUCCAAAAGAUAUUGGCUAUUUUUCUUUUGUACUCGAAGGUUGGAAACAAGAAAAUGAUAAUAAACAACUGUAUGAACAAGUAAUAGAAGCAAAGGACAUCGAAUUAACUCCACAAGAGAUCACCAGAGAAAACACACUGUACAUUGACAAUGAAGAAUACGAAAUGAAAACAGUUAGGAUUAAAUUGCUUCCACGGACAGUAAAAGUAUUUUGUCCUCAAUUGGACAGUUAAUAGAAACUGUGUAUGAUAUAAAUAAAAUUCAAGAACUAUUUAUUGUGAA